UCAACUGGUCCUAAAAAACGUAUGCAAGUUACAUGUGUAAACACGACCACCAAUGACAUUAUUUUUCUGAAAUUGAACUGAUUGAUAAAAAAAUUUUGGAGUGUCCCUAUUUUUUAAACUAAAAUCAACUGUGAAAAGAUCGCAGCUUCGCAGUUAAAAAUGCGGAAUUAAAGGAAAUAUACAUUGAUGCUACCUACCAUGAAGGACUCUCAAUUAAGAACAAGCUUUGCCAUCUCGUGAGCUAUCUCGCACGGCCGGGAUGAAAAGGUGACCCUUUUUUUGCCUUCCCCGUUGGUUUAGAUUCUUCCCCAAGCUGCUGAAAUAAUGCCUGUACAUUGUCGGGUUUUACUGAGCAGAGACUGGUUCUAGCCAGUUUUUCUAUAAACAUGAUUCAACUUACGUCAAUAUUUAUUUGUUGUUUGCCAUUUUUGCGGUGGUCGUUUAAAUAUGAGUGGAGAAAAAUCAUCACUUCAUCCGUUUUUAAUGGAACCUAUGGCUGAGUUAGAAUCGGGGGUGGACUUCCUGGACACCGUCAACAUAGAGGACGAAAGAAACAUCGAACUUAAAGAACGAAAAGGGGACUCUGCAAAGGACCGGAAAGAUGUUGAGGCUGGUUCAAAUUCCGGCUUAAUAAAGAAAACGCGAACAAAGAUUUCCUUGUAUCAAAAACUUGAGCUGGAGUGCGCAUUUCUGCAGACUCCGUACCCUUCACGAGCAGUGAGGGCUCACUUGGCUCAUAGACUGGGACUCAAGCAUCAAACAUUGUUGAACUGGUUCAAGAAACGGCGAUACCGCUGGCGACGACAGAGCCUAAACCCUGGAGUUCCGGUGUUAUGUUCCUCCAUCUUACCUGAGGGUCCACUUAAUAUGCCGGGCGAAGCUAGACCACAGGAUUCCUGUCAGUUAUCUGGUUGCUUCCAGGCACCAUAUUCUUGUCAUUAUCAAGAUAACCAACAGCCACCUUUUUUUUAAAUCACUGAGUUUUGUAGGCAGUUACAUCUAAAGCGAAUUUAUGUGUAUUGACGCACUGAUUCUUAAAAUUGGUAGAGCACCGCAUAACAGUGAAAAUCUUGCGAGGUAUAAAUUUGGGUAUUUUUUUGGUUUGUCCUCCAUCCUAAAAAAGUGUGAAACACCGCAUAAAUACAUGAUCUUUGCCAUC